AUGGAUAGCCUCGAUCAGAUCUACUCCAAGGUGCUGGAUAUGCAAGAUGGUUGUUCACAGAUGGCUGCCAAAAACCGAAGUGAGUGCCUCUGCAACUCCUGUCAGUCGUCCUCGCCAGCUAUGCCUUGGUUACAGGAGGAUACCAACCGUGUUGAGGUUGGCAUGGUCACCUACAAUGCGAACGAGGGCAUUGUGACACAUACAGGUGUGAACUUCUGGUUCACCCGUGGUGGUCGCGUGCUGAAGCGGAUUGAGACGAUGUCGAUUUGGGUUGAUGCCUCACGUCCGGAUGUGUCCAAUCUCUGGACAAUGGUCUUCGGUAUCAUUUGGACGCUGCUGCUUCUUCACAUCUUCUGUACCGAGGUCAAAGAGAUUGCAAUCAUCCUGAUCAACGCUGACACAGUUUGGUACAUGGCGCUGCUCGAGGAGUACGUGGGCUUCUCUAACACUGUGGACUGGAUCUCCCUCAUCGUGGCCACGGUGGUUGCGGUUUUCUUCGUGCUGCUGUCAUAUCAGUCUACCGAGCUACAGGUGGCCAUGAACGUGAUCCUGCAGUCUGAAGCUGGCGCAGAUCGCGAGGCUUAUGAAGAGUCGGUCAGCCAAUUCUUCGCGCAGUGCCAGGCAGCCCUUGAGCAGGAGAGGAGCAGUCGCAUCAUGCUCAGCAUCUACCCCUUCAUGCUGAUGUUGCGUCUUCUGAAGUCUUUCGAUGCACAGCCGCGGCUGGCGAUUAUUACAGAAACACUGCGGGAAGCCAGCCAGGACAUGCUCCAUUUCGGACUUGCCUUCUGCGGGGUCUGCGUUUGCCUUUGCCUUCAGUCGGUGCUCAUCUUCGGGCGGGAUGUGGAGGACUUGGGCAAUUUCGGGAGAGCCCUUCAUUUCGCCUUCAGGAUAGUUUUCGAUGAGUUCGACGACAAGCACUUCAAAGAGCUGGAGAUGGUAUCCCGUCCUGCGGCCUACGUGUGGUUCACCGCAUUUGAGGUCCUGGUUGUAAUCAUCCUUCUGAACAUGCUGCUGGCGAUCAUCAUGGACAACUACAUGAUGGUAAAGAAGCGUGCACGGCUGCGCCAGUCUUUGCUUCACCAGAUUCAGGAGCUGUGGCGCCGUUGGCGGAUGAAUCGCAGAAAGGAGCGCGUGCAGCUGAAAGAGAUUUGGAACGCUUUUGCAGAGGAAGCUGUCUGGAAUCGCAAGGUGAUGUGUCAGAGCGACCGGCUGCUGAACAGCCACUUUCUUGUGGAAUUGAUACCUGGCCUGCCUCCCUCGCAAGCAGAGAGGACACUUCACAAUUCCUGGACGCAGCAUCUGCAGGAGACUGAAGCGCCUUUCGCCGUAAGCGAGGCCCACGAAUCCCUGGCAGACUUGGAGAGCAGCACACGCUGCAUCCGGAGUGGCCUGUACUUCGCCUUCGACGUGGUCCACUACUUCGAUAGCCGGCCUGUUCCAGGGACGAACGAUCUCGUGACGGACACCCAGGAGAAGGCGAUCUUCAAGCUGGCCAUGAACGAGGCCAUUGAGGAGGAGGAAGAGUUAGCUGCCUUUACCGAGCGCGCAAAACGGGAGGAGAAGGACAGCGAGAGGACAGUCGUGGCCUUCGUGGAGGAUCAGACUGCGAGGCUCUCCUCCGAAGCCGCGGAGACCUUGGCCCAGGCACUGCAAAGCUUGGAGAAGCACCAGAUCCACAUCGAGCAGCGCGAGGAUGCGAUGACGGACGCCGUGCGGCAGAUGCACGCGCGCCUGCUUCAGCUGCGCAGCGAUGCGGCGAUUGCCACUCGCCGCCUCGAGAAGGCCCUCUACAUCCGGGAGCAGCGGAACAAGGGCAGCAGUGCCUGGCGCAAGCGGAAGGCUCCUGUUUCCGUGAUGAUUGAGUCGUCCUUCGGCUCUGACCAAGCAGAGUUUGGGGCUCCAACCAUGGAGCUGGAGAGGCUGAGGCUGUCGAAUACCACCUGA